CGUGUCACCUGUUGUCCUCUGUGGGUGUGUCUGUCAUAUCUGGGCGUCAGCCGUAACCCGCCUGAACUCGAUGCUGAGGAUUAGUCACAGCGGCUCCAAUGUCCAGCUCAUUGUAGUUCUGAAAAGAGGUUAAAAAAAGGAGACCAAACCUCAUAUUAUAUAAUCUCUGUGUUUAAUUACGCUCACAGUCCUGCUCCUGGAAUUUUUCUUGUCCGACUCUUAGCGGCUUAACACACCUGGUGGAGAUUGACCAAUCAGCUCCCAUCUCCUUGACCGCUUCUGGUAUUGAUCACAUCACUGAUCAUCUGAUUGAUCUGUAUGUUGUCUAGACCAGACCUGCUGCGGAUCCUAGCCUUUCCCUGAUAUAGGAAGAGAGACAAACAUAUCAGUUAUCACAACAACAGGCCUCUGAUUGGUUAACAAAUCACAAAUACUGUUCUGCUAAGGUAAAGAAAAAGCCUAUCAAUGGCAGCUUCAGAACUGAUCAAGGAUGAUGAUGAUUACCCCACCCAUGUGGAAGUUACUGUGACAACUGAGGAUCCUCGCCCAACAUCAAUGGCUCAUGUUAUGAAGGUUGCCAACGGUAACCCAACUCGCUGUAGUUCCUCACCAACAUCCCCCUCUGCCAUCAGCGAUGGCCGCGAAGGCAAAAAGAGAGACCACGGCUCAAGCUGCGGACAGAUCGGGCAGAGUCAGCUGAUUCGCUUGCUGACAACUGGACUGAGACGCCACCGCGAAUACGUCAAGAUCACAGUGUCUGAUGACAGGACUGACCAGCUGCCAAAAGAGUGGUGGAAGACAGGCGUGGCCUUCCUCUUCGCCCUUUUCAACCUCAUUUUCACCACAGUCAUCAUCACUGUUGUCCAUGAGAGGGUGCCGGAUAAAUCCGUUAGCCCACCGCUGCCCGACAAGUUCUUUGACUACGUGGACAGAGUUCCCUGGGCAUUCACAGUCACUGAGGUCAAUGGUCUGAUCCUGGUUGGACUCUGGUUUGUCCAGUGGCUCUUCCUUAAACACAAGGCUAUAGUGGGUCGCCGUUGUUUCUUCCUCAUUGGGACUCUGUACAUGUACCGCUGUAUCACCAUGUACAUCACCACGCUACCGGUGCCUGGAAACCACAUGGUCUGCGCCCCCAAGCUCUACAACAACUCCACAGGGAAGAUCUGGAGGAUUCUCCGGCUGAUAUCAGGAGGAGGUCUGUCUCUGACGGGUUCCCACAUGAUGUGCGGGGACUUCCUGUACAGCGGACACACAGUCAUGUUGACGCUGUCGUACCUCUUCAUCAAAGAGUAUUCUCCUCCUUGGAUGUGGCUGUACCAUUGGCUGUGCUGGUUGCUAAGUGCUUCAGGAAUUGUCUGCAUCUUGAUUGCCCAUGAGCACUACAGCAUAGACGUAGUGAUUGGCUACUUUGUCACCACCAGGAUUUUCUGGUGGUAUCACACCAUGGCCACUGCACACGCACUCUGUGAGGCUCCAAACAAGUACCUGUCAAGGAUCUGGUGGAACCCCAUCUUUACCUUCUUGGAGAAGAAUGUUCAGGCUGUUGUUCCAGUCGUGUUUUCAUGGCCCGUGUCCUUGCCGAUGUCCUGCAGACAGCGCUACAGGAUUGUACAAGGAGGUCGGGAUGAAUGA